AUGACCUGUAAAAGAAGAAAUAACGGACGUAACAAGCACGGUCGUGGCCACAACAAGGUUGUUCGUUGUAUCAACUGUUAUCGUUGUGUCCCCAAGGAUAAGGCCAUCAAGCGUUUCACUAUCCGUAACAUGGUAGAAGCUGCUGCUGUCCGUGAUCUUCAAGAAGCUUCCAUCUAUGAGGAAUACACUAUCCCCAAGUUGUACGUCAAGCUCCACUACUGUAUCUCUUGCGCUAUCCACGCCAGAGUUGUUCGUGUUCGUUCCGCUGUUGACCGUCGCAACCGUCUCCCUCCUCCUAGAUUCAGAUUCCAGAAGGCUGCUAACAAGGCUUAA